AUAACUUCCAACUACCAAGGGCAAAACAGUAAAUUCAUCACCAAAAACAUUAAAUAUAACUUCUAAAAUUAUAGAUUAUAAUAAUAAUAUCCAUAAAAAAAAAAAACUGAAAGUGAAAACCACCAUUACCAUCUUCAUCCCCUCUCUCUCUCACCGGGCUGUCACCAAUCCUCCAUCACAACCCAAUCAAAAACCCCAUUUCAACCCCCCAUUUUCUCUCUCCUCAUUCCCCCAAAACGACGACGUUUGGAGGAGAGAGAAUGGACCCCACAACCACCACCACCACCUCCUCCUCCGCCACCAACUCAGUGGUUUCCGGCGAAGGUGGGUCAGUAACAGAUUCAAGCGGCAAAACAUCAUCAUCAUCAUCAUCAACAACAACAACCGCAGCAAGAUCAUCAAUGAUUGAUUCAUUAAGAGGUUGCGGAUUAUCUGGAAUUAGAAUUGAUAAAGAGGAGCUUCGUUGUCGGAUUUUGAUCCCCGAAUAUAUAAGGUUAGCAAUGCGUCGUGCGAUUAAUUCGAAGGAUGUUUCUGCUGGGGUUGAAUCAGCGGCGGCGCAAGAAGUUCAUACGCCGCCGGUUGCUCCGAUGGUUGUGUUUAUCAAUUCCAGAAGUGGUGGGAGACAUGGUCCUGAACUUAUGUUACGGCUUCAACAAUUAAUGAGUGAAGAACAGGUAUUUGACCUUUCAGAUGUUAAGCCUAACGAGUUCGUGCGGUAUGGAUUGGCUUGUCUUGAGCAAUUGGCCAGCGUGGGUGAUUCCUGUGUGAAAGAGAUUCGUGAUAGGUUGAGAGUCGUGGUUGCUGGGGGAGAUGGUUCAGUUGGUUGGGUACUUGGAUGCCUGGGUGAACUUCACAAAGAGUCUAGAACUCCGGUUCCUCCAGUGGCAGUCAUUCCCCUUGGCACAGGGAAUGAUCUGUCCAGAAGUUUUGGCUGGGGUGGUUCAUUUCCAUUUGCUUGGAAGUCAGCUGUCAAAAGGUCUCUUCAAAAGGCUAGCAUUGGCACUGUUUCUCGUUUAGACAGUUGGCAUGUGUCAAUAACAAUGCCUGCUGGAGAAGCUAUGGAGCUUCCUCAUUCGUUGAAGUCAACAGGAGAAUGCACUCUGGAUCAGGGUUUUUUGCUUGCUGGCCGUCUUCCUGAGAAAGUGACUUGUUAUGAUGGAGUGUUCUACAACUAUUUUAGCAUUGGUAUGGAUGCACAAGUUGCUUAUGGUUUCCAUACCUUGCGUAAUGAAAAGCCGUAUCUUGCACAGGGUCCGGUUGCAAAUAAGCUGAUAUAUUCUGGAUACAGCUGUACCCAGGGCUGGUUCUUCACACCAUGUGUUAGUGAUCCAAGCUUAAGGGGACUCAAUAACAUCUUGAGGAUUCAUAUAAAAAAGAUCAACAGUUCAGAAUGGGAGCAAAUUCGGGUUCCAUCAAAUGUAAGGUCAAUAGUUGCAUUGAAUCUUCAUAGUUAUGCAAGUGGAAGACAUCCAUGGGGUAAUUUGAGACCAGAAUACUUGGAAAAGAAAGGAUUUGUUGAGGCCAAUGCUGAUGAUGGUCUUCUUGAAAUAUUUGGUUUAAAACAUGGAUGGCAUGCUUCUUUUGUUAUGGUAGAACUAAUAUCUGCCAAGCACAUUGCCCAGGCUGCUGCGAUUAGAUUUGAAGUUAGAGGUGGUGAGUGGAAACAAUCGUUUAUGCAGACAGAUGGGGAGCCAUGGAGACAGCCACUAGACAAAGAGUAUUCAACAUUUGUGGAGAUUAAGCGGGUGCCAUUUCAGUCCCUAAUGAUACGAGGCGAAUAAUACUUUUUAUCCACUGAAGCUAGUGAUUGAUCUUCAAUUUUUUUUCUCUUGCAAAUCAGUUCUUUGUAAAGUGUUAGUAGUUGUAAUUUAUAUGAGAGAUGUGAUAGUUGUACCCUGUAACGAUUGUUGUAAAUGUAAAUUACUUUGCCAGUGUAGUUCUCAAUUGACGUGGGGAGCCAGAGUAUAAAACCAAGCGUGAUAUUCAGCAUCAGAUGUUGAGGAAUUUGAAUGAAAAGUUGUAAAAACACUAUGAAGGAGGCAUAUAUAUAUGGGUGACAAUAAAUGGAUUGAUUCUAGCUUCAUUUCUGCCUGUUGAGCUUGAAUCUUUGAGUGUAGAUCAUCGGCUUGGAGAAAAUCUGAACUAUGUUUUGUUAUAAUGCAGUCAUUGAAAGAAUGUAGAAAUGGUGGGCAUUGCUUGGAGAAAAUCUGAAGUGUGUUUUGUUGUAAUGCAGUCAUUGAAAGAACGUAGAUAUGGUGGAUGAGUUGGGAUGCAAUUGACUUUAUAAUGCAGUCCACGGAAUGGCACCAAUGGUGGAUGAGAUGGGCGUCCUAGCCGUGCAGCCUGCCAACCCCGGCACGACAGGUGAUCUGCAUGGAUUGUUGCGGGGAUUGUCAUCUAAAGGCCGUGACACACUAUCAUGGCUCAUUGGACUCAUGGCUUGAUGUGCAAAGACUGGCAUUGUGAUCCUAGAUUCCUAUCUGGACUUGACUUCGGUAAUUAAGAAGACAAUUAGUAUGGUCUUGUAUGUGCUUCAAAAAAAAAGUAUGAUCUUGUAUGUCAUUGUAUUACUUGUUUA